CGGCACCAUGAUGGAGGAGAUCGACCGCUUCCAGGUGCCCGCCGUGCGAGCCGAGAUGCAGCCGCUGGAUCCAACGGCAGCCUCCAUCUCUGACAGGGACUGUGAUACGAGAGAGGGAGAGACUGUAGCUAUGAAUUACAAACCGUCCCCUCUACAAGUCAAGCUAGAGAAACAGAGAGAGUUGGCUCGUAAGGGAUCUCUGAAAAACGGGAACAUGGGGAGUCCAGUAAACCAACAGCCCAAGAAGAACAACGUGAUGGCACGAACAAGACUGGUUGUUCCCAAUAAAGGCUAUUCCUCCUUAGACCAGAGUCCUGAUGAGAAGCCGUUGGUAGCGCUGGACACUGACAGUGAUGAUGACUUCGAUAUGUCCAGAUAUUCCUCCUCGGGAUAUUCCUCAGCGGAGCAGAUCAACCAGGACUUGAAUAUUCAACUGCUAAAGGACGGGUAUCGAUUAGACGAGAUCCCAGACGACGAGGACCUCGACCUGAUUCCCCCGAAGUCGGUCAACCCCACUUGCAUGUGCUGUCAAGCCACCUCCUCCACUGCCUGCCACAUUCAGUAAACGAGGAAAGCCAGGGAAGGGGGCGGUCGGCGCUUUCCGCUAUAACUGUAAAACUUAACAGCCAUUGCUUCCUCCUAUGGUAGGACGUGCGCCUCUUUGUGUUAAUGGAGCCAGGAGAAACCAAAAACAUACAAAACGAAAGAUUC